UUGUAUCAUUUGUACGUUUCUUGUUUUCAAAAAACAAACAACAUGUCGCUGCCAACCGUUACUAUUGACGAGCUUUCCAAUGGAAUCGAUGAUCCGACCACAAAUGCGAGCGCGAAGAAACUUUUAGAAGGAAUUCUUAACGACUUUAUGGACUUGCAGUACGGCAAGGAAACCCCAUACACCACAGGCAAACAGGUCAUUCCCAGCGGAUGUACAGCUGAGGAUUUAAACGCGGCUAUUGAGAAUGAAACCACAGAAAAGAAGUUCAAGGAUGUAUUUGUCAAAAUCUUAGACACCUACAAAAGCGGAGACAUGACACCACAGCCCAACAAUGGAGGUUGGGAUCCAAAACUCACACCUGUCCUCGUUCUGGUUACUCCUAAAAACUAA